CGGUGGGACUGCUUGCCCUAGUUUGGAAGAACAUUUGGAAAGAGUGCACAGAAAAAAUGAAACCGAAAAACGACGAGCUUUGAACUUCCGAAAUAUGACGGCGGUGGAACUUCUUUUGGCCCUGCUCGCCCUUUUGGACUUCGCGAGUGGCCUGAAACUGACCAUGCUGCGUGUCCCGUCGCAGAAGCUCAGAUCCAGCGACGUCACCCUCAAGUGCUUUUACGACCUGCAAAACGGCACCCUUUACUCUGUACAGUGGUACAAGGACAAUUCCGUUUUCUACAGAUUCGUGCCAGCAGAUACGCCCUCGGGACAAAUGUUCCCGCUUCCUGGAGUUACUGUUGAUCUGAAGGGCAGCAACGACAACCAGGUUAUUCUGCGCCUUCUCGAUUUGGAUAGCAGCGGAACUUACCGGUGCGAAGUUUCCUCAGAAGCGCCCGAAUUUCUGACAGAAGUUGCCGAAGCUCACAUGAACGUCAUGGCGCUGCCGAAAGACCCGCCGAAAAUCACAGGUUUGAGGCAAAAGUACAAUGAGGGAGACCCGAUAAACUUGAACUGUACCUCAGCCCCCUCAAAACCUCUAGCAGUUCUGUAUUGGUUUAUAAACGGAAAUCAGGUGGAUAAUUUCGACAUAUCACAACGUAGGAUCAUCCCGACAGGGAAAGAUAGCAAGGAUGGACCGUUUUUGACGCAGUACAGGUCGGUCACUGACGAAGAGGGCCUCGAAUAUGUCACGCUGGGCCUCAGGUUGGCUGCCAAGAAAAAAUUCUUCAACAACCUUCUGCACACCAUGAAAAUCAGGUGCACCUCCAGCAUGGGCGUCCUGAUGUGGCACGUGGACCUCUCAACUCACAUUCACGCCGUGUCCGCAGCUUCACUCACAAGUUGCUUUUUGCAAACCGUCUGGCUGCUUUCAGCUUUCUCCUACCUGUUUGCUCACAAGUUUUGCGCCAAUUUACUGUAGCCAAAUAUAUAUGCCCAAUUAAAAAAUAUUUACCUGAAAAGGAUCGUUUAAUAAAAU